AUGAUUAUGAUGCAGAAAAAGGUAUUUUCAUAAAGUUUAACAAAAUUUCUCAAUAACAUUAAAAGUAGAAAUGGAAAACAAGAUUAAAAUAAAUAGAGGAACUUGAAACUUAGGUGUUUGUUAGUGAUAAUUAAGAAGAAACAAAAAUAUGAUUAUUUCAAAAAAGUGAUAAUUUUGAAAUAUAUUUGGAUAAUAUAACAGACAUGUCAUAAAGAUUAAAUAUAAAUUUAAUUUUUUCAGAGAAAUCAGUAAAGAUUUGAAAAUUAUUAAAUCUUUAGAUUGAGUACUAAUUAUUAUAAAAGGAGUUGAAGAUUCAUAAGCAGAUUAAGAGGGAAGAAUUACUUGGAAUUAUUAAACAUGCUAAAAUUAAGAUUUUAAAAAUAAAAACAUGAAAAUGAGUUAGAUUAAGUUCGUAUAUAGGUUACAACUCAAGAUUAUGAUCUUAUCUCUGGAAAUAUAAAACAAAUAUAAUAAAGGGGAAUUUAUUACAUUCUUAGAUUAAUAUGAUAAUUAUGAUGGAGAAUUGAAUGAAUUUUUAUGGAGUGAUUGA